AUGUCUGGUCAAAUUCCUGCUUACAUCUGGAGCAAACCGGUCUUGAGAUCUCUUGAUUUAUCGUUUAACAAGUUGACCGGUGAAGUUGUUGGACUAAACUUAGCAAAAACACUUACCUACUUGACUGGCAAUAUGCUUUCAGGGGAAAUUAAAUCUGGUGUUUACCUCAACAGCAGAUCAAUUAUUGACCUCUCUUAUAACAAUUUCUCAUGGCCGUCUGGCUGUCAAGAAAGGAGUAACAUUAAUACAUACCGGAGCUCAUAUAUAAAGAACACUUUAAAUGGGCUUCUUCCAUGCGCUGGUCCAGUCACCUGCAAGAGAUAUCAGAGAUCACUACAUAUAAAUUGUGGUGGGGAAAGUGUAACAGUUACAAACUCUUUGGGUAAAAUCACAUAUCAAUCUGAUAAUAACAGUGAGGUCAAAGCCGCUACAAAUCAGCACUUUAAGAACUGGGGAGUAAGUAACACUGGUGACUUUAUGGAUGAUAAUAUUCUUGAUGACACGUUCAUCAUAUCAAGUAAUAUAACACUACCUGGACAUUCUCCUGAUCUUUAUAAGACUGCACGUCGAUCUGCUCUCUCUCUUGUUUAUUAUGCGUUUUGCUUGGAAAAUGGAGAAUAUAAUUUGAAACUCCAUUUUAUGGAGAUUCAGUUUUCAGACAAAGAACUAUAUAGUCGUCUAGGUAGACGCAUAUUUGAUGUCUAUGUUCAGGGAAAAUUGUUUUUGAGGGAUUUUAACAUCAGACAGGGGGCUAAUGGGACUCUGAAGCCUAUUGUGAAAGAACUGAAAGCUGUUAAUGUGACUGAUCAUAAGUUAGAGAUUCAGCUGUAUUGGGCGGGAAAAGGGACAACACUCAUACCCAAAAGAGGAAACUAUGGUCCUCUUAUCUCUGCAAUCUCCUUGUGUCACAGCCUGGAGCAACAUUGUGGAGUGGAGAAAACCAAACGUCACAUCAGUUAUCCACUAAUUUUUGGGGUAACAGGUCCCUUGAUAGCAAUUAUUCUCUUGGCUUUGGGAUUCUAUGCUCAGAGAAAAUGCAGAGGAGACAAGAACAAGAGAGAAAAAGACCUGAGGGCACAAGGUCUGCAAACUGUUUGCUUUACAUGGAGGCAACUGCAAGCUGCAACAAACAAUUUUGAUGUAGCCAACAAACUUGGAGAAGGAGGUUUUGGAUCCGUAUUCAAAGGAGAGCUGUCAGAUGGAACUAUCAUAGCAGUGAAGCAGCUCUCUUCCAAGUCAUGCCAAGGAAACCGAGAGUUUGUGAAUGAGAUAGGAAUGAUCUCAGGUCUGAAUCAUCCAAACCUUGUCAAGCUUUAUGGAUGUUGUGUUGAAAAGGAUCAACUUCUUCUUGUCUAUGAGUACAUGGAAAACAACUCCCUUGCUCAUGUGCUUUCUGGAAAGAGCUCCUUGAAACUGGACUGGGCAGCAAGAAAGAAAAUAUGUAUGGGAAUAGCAAAAGGGCUUGAAUUUCUCCAUGAAGGAGCUGGUAUAAGAAUGAUUCACCGUGACAUAAAAACUCCCAAUGUGCUUCUAGACUCCGACCUUAAUGCAAAGAUAUCUGACUUUGGAUUGGCUAGGCUCCAUGAAGAAGAACACACUCACAUUAGCACCAAAGUUGCUGGAACCAUUGGAUAUAUGGCUCCAGAAUAUGCUUUAUUGGGUCACUUGACCGAGAAAGCAGAUGUGUACAGCUUCGGGGUUGUGGCAAUGGAGAUUGUUAGUGGGAAGAGUAAUACAACACAGAAGGGAAGCGAUGACAACGCCCCACUUAUUAAAUGGGCCAUGACACUGCAACAGAAAGGGAACAUAAUGGAGAUUGUAGAUCCAAAGCUAGAAGGUGAGUUCAACAGCCAAGAAGCAGAGAGGAUGAUCAGAGUUGCUCUUGUUUGCACAAAUGCAACUCCCUCUUUACGGCCAUUGAUGUCAGAGGCCUUGAAAAUGCUGGAAGGAGAGAUGGAAAUACCACAGAUUCUUUCAGGCCCUGCCGUGUAUGGACAUGAUUUGAAUUUUUCAAAGCUGAUGGAGACGCAAGAAUCAGUAACCUCGAUGUCUGGUUAUGGUCUGUCCCCAUUUAAUCAAGAAUCAGCCACCUCAAACUCCACAGCAAAAGUGAACCUACGUGACAAAGACCCAUGCAUUUCAAAAAGUCUAAUGAUCAUACAACAAGUUGAUAUUCUUUGGAAUCCUGGGGAAGUGAACAACACCAUUGCUUGUGAUUGUAGCUUCAACAACAACAUGACAUGUCAUAUUACAGAACUAAGUCUCGUGAAUUUUACUCUUGUGGGGAAAGUUCCACCUGAGUUGGCCAAGCUUCGACAUCUCCGGUCAAUAGACUUAUCCGCCAACUACCUUACUGGCACGAUUCCACUCGAGUGGGCUUCAUUGCCAUACCUCACUUUCAUCUGGCUCUGCGGGAAUCGUUUGUCUGGGAAUUUACCAACUUGGUUGCAAGACUUCAAGAAGCUGCAAUUCUUAGGGGUUGAAGGCAACCAGUUUUAUGGUCCGAUUCCUGAUGAGCUUGGUAACUUGACCAACCUAGUAAAAUUGGAUCUUGCAUCCAAUCAAUUUACAGGAAGCUUGCCUAUCACUCUUGCUAGACUAGUAAACCUUGAGCAACUUUGGAUAAAUGACAACAACUUUAGUGGAACCAUCCCAGCAUAUAUUGGCAACUGGAAACAACUUAAAAGGCUAUUUCUACACGCCAGUGGACUGAAAGGACCACUUCCUGAUGUAGUGGCCAGCCUAGAAAAUCUUAUUGAUCUGAGAAUUAGUGAUAUGACUGGGAUAAACUCAUUUCCUAUUCUAUCCAGCAAUCACAUUGAAACCCUGAUUUUGAGGAAUUUGGGUUUGUCUGGUCCAAUUCCUUCUUACAUUUGGAAUUUGCCAAACCUAACUAGACUAGAUUUAUCGUUUAACAAGUUGACUGGUGAAGUUGAAGAAGUACAAAAAGUAGCAAAACAGUACACCUAUCUGACUAGCAACAUGCUUUCUGGAAACGUUGAAUCUGUUUUUUUCGUCAACAGCAAAUCUAAUAUUGAUCUCUCUUAUAACAAUUUCUCGUGGUCAUCUAGUUGUCAGGAAAAGAGUAACAUUAACAUUUACCGGAGCUCAACUUUGAAGGAAAAUUUAACUGACCUUCUUCCAUGCGCUGGUCCAGUCAAAUGCAUGAGCUAUCAGCGAGCACUACAUAUAAACUGUGGUGGAGAAGAAAUAAAGAUUAGAAACUCUUUCGGUAAAAUCAGAUAUCAAGCAGAUAACAGUAAAGUCAAUGCCGCAACAAAUCAUCACCUAGAAAACUGGGGAAUCAGCAACACAGGUGACUUCAUCGGUGAUCCAACUGUUGAUGACACGUUCAUCAUUUCAACUAGUUUAAAACUGUCUAGAGAUUCUCCUCAUCUCUAUAAGACCGCACGUCGAUCUGCACUCUCUCUAGUCUACUAUGCAUUCUGCUUGGAAAAUGGAGCCUACAAUGUGAAACUCCAUUUUAUGGAGAUUCAGUUUUCAGAAAAAGAAGUAUACAGCCGUAUAGGCAGACGCAUAUUUGACGUUUAUGUUCAGGAUUUUAACAUCAAAGAGGAGGCUAAUGGGACUCUAACACCUGUUGUUAAAGAGCUGCAAGAUGUUAAUGUGACCGAUCAUCUGUUAGAGAUUCGUCUGUAUUGGGCAGGGAAAGGAACAACACUCAUUCCAAACAGAGGAAACUAUGGUCCUCUUAUCUCUGCCAUCUCCUUGUGUCACAGUCUAGAUCCACACUGUGGAGCGGAGAAAUAUCACAUUAGUUAUCCCUUUGUUUUGGGAGCAGCAGGUUCUUUGGUAACUAUUACUCUCUUAGCUGUGGGAAUAUAUGCUCGGAGAAGAUUCAUAAAAGACAGUAACACAAGAAAACGAGAUCUGAGAGCACAAGGUUUGCAAACUGUUUGCUUUACUUGGAGGCAACUACAAGCUGCAACAAGCAAUUUUGAUCAAGCCAACAAACUUGGAGAAGGAGGUUUCGGAGCCGUAUUCAAAGGAGAGCUGCCAGAUGGAACUAUCAUAGCAGUGAAGCAGCUAUCUUCCAAGUCAUCUCAAGGAAACCGAGAGUUUGUGAAUGAGAUAGGAAUGAUCUCUGGUCUGAAUCAUCCAAACCUUGUCAAACUUUAUGGAUGUUGUGUAGAGAAGAAUCAGUUGAUGCUUGUGUAUGAGUACAUGGAAAACAACUCUCUUGCUCUUGUUCUCUCUGGAAAGAGCUCUAUGAAACUGGACUGGAAAGCAAGACAGAAAAUAUGUGUGGGAAUUGCAAGAGGGCUUGAGUUCCUCCAUGAAGGAUCGAUGAUCAGAAUGGUUCACCGUGACAUCAAAACUCCUAAUGUGCUUCUAGAUGCUGACUUAAAUGCAAAGAUAUCUGACUUUGGAUUGGCUAGACUCCAUGAAGAAGAACAUACUCACAUUAGCACCAAAGUUGCAGGAACCAUGGGAUAUAUGGCUCCUGAAUAUGUACUAUGGGGUCAACUAACAGAGAAAGCAGACGUGUACAGCUUCGGAGUUGUAGCAAUGGAGAUUGUUAGUGGAAAGAGUAACACUAAACACAAGGGAAGUGGUGAACACAUCUCACUUCUUGAUUGGGCGUUGUCACUGCAUCAGAAAGGGAACAUACUAGAGGUUGUAGAUCCAGCUCUUGAAGGUCAUUUCGACAGAAAACAGGCAGUGAGGAUGAUCAAUGUUGCUCUUGUUUGCACAAACUCAUCUCCUGCGUUGAGACCAACAAUGUCAGAGGCAGUGAAAAUGCUGGAGGGAGUGAUUGAAUUAACACAGGUUAGGUCAGAUCCUGGUUUAUAUGGAGAAGACUGGAGUUUGUUAAAACUGAGAGAUGUUGAUGAUACACAUGGAAGCUCGAGCACGUCUGGUGUGACUGAUCAAACAAGAACAACAAUGAAAUCCUCUGUUUCUGGUUGUGAUCUCUACCCGUUAUACCCUGAGUCUGUGACCCUAAACUCCACAGUAGAGUGUCAUUCAUCAUCAUUGUAAUAUCAAAAGCUAUGCCAAGUUGACAUAUCACUAAAGAAGUAAAGAUGUUGUUUGAAACUUUAGAUUGUGUCUUCAGAAUCUUUAGUGUCUCAUAGAUUGCAACCAAAUGUAUGGCAUAACCAUCACUCUCCAAGUUAAAAUCAAGAUUUUAAUUAUUUUGGUU